AUGUCUGAACCUCUUCAGAACAUAGAGACAGAAACGCUAUACAUGCAGCCCGAGCAGGCGAACAUGGACCUGAUCGCGGACGGGCUGUACCUAGGCAAUCUGCACGCCGCCAACGGCGCGGGCUGGCUCGUCUCUCAAGGGAUCACGCACGUACUCUCGCUCACGUCGGAAGCGGUGCAGAUCCCGGCGUGGACGGGAAUCGUGCACAAGCAGUACCGCGUGCGCGACAACCGGCGACAGAACCUGCUCGUGCAGGUGCUCGACGGCGUCCAGUUCAUCGAGGAUGCGUUCACGGGGGUGUUGCCGACACAUGCGGUGGGGAAUCCGGCGGAGCCGGACAAGCGCAUGGGACUGGCAGAGCGCGAGGUCAAGGUCUUUGUUCACUGUCGCAUGGGCAUCUCCAGGAGCGGGUCGAUCAUUGUGGCGUAUAUCAUGAAGCAUCACGGAAAGACGUUCGGUAAUGCCCUCGACUUUGUUCGCAACAGACGCAGGAUGGUCCACCCAAACCAGGCGUUCGUCGCGCAGCUCAUGCUCCUGGAAUCCACCGGUUUUGAUAUUUCGCACCUUGGCGAGGACUUGUUGAAUCCCAACAUCGAGAACCCCUACGAUCCCAACGAGUUCGAAGAGCGCCCUAGGAGGAGACGCUCUAAGGAAAAUGAAGCUGCCAAGCUGAUAAAGACCACAAUGGUUUCUAAGAAGGAGGAACAGUAUAUCCCAGUAGCUUUCGCGAGCGGAGAGGAUCAUGAAACCUUCAAGGGCUGUGUCGAAGAAGUCGAGCCGCUCAUUCAAGCUGGCGAGGAGCGGUGGAAGAAGGUUUUUGAGAUCGCGCGGGGACUUGAGGCUGCUGUCACUGCCCAAUUGAAUAUGUAUGGCCCAGAGUACAACAGAAAGCUCACCGACUCCACUAAUACUAUCACCGCUGUCAGAGACCGGAAAGUGAAACAGAGGGAUCAUGAGGCUGCCAAGGUCGUCGCCCCCGCUCCAGAAGCCGCCUCGUCUGCAUUGGCUAUACCGACAGACGACACGGAUAUGAAUGACGCUCCUCCGCUUGUUCCGGAACAGAACCCGUCAAGAGCGCGCCCGCAUGGUGAUACCCACAACUAA